AUGGUAGGAAACAACCUCUCUCUGGGCCUGGUUCCUACAAUACUGACACUCAAUCUUUCUGCCGCAGGAAAAGAAGUUUGCUAUGAAAGGGUGGGGUGCUUUAAAGAUGGUUUCCCAUGGACUGGGACUUUGUCAAGACAGUUGGCAGGUCUACCCUGGUCUCCAGAAGAGAUAAACACUCGCUUUCUGCUCUACACGAGACAUAAUCCCAAAGCUUAUCAGGAGAUCAGUGCAGUUAAUUAUCGAACUAUCCAAGCGUCACACUUUGGGACAGACAAGAUGACCCAUAUCAACAUACCCGGAUGGAAAUCAGAUGGAAAAUGGCAGCAAGACAUGUGCAAUGUGCUACUCAAAGUGGAAGAUGUGAACUGCAUUAACGUAGACUGGAUUAACGGUUCACUGGAAUAUAUCCAUGCGGUAAACAACCUCCGCGUUGUCGGUGCCGAGGUGGCAUAUCUUACUGAUGUUCUCAUGAAAAAGUUUGGAUAUUCUCCUUCAAAAGUGCACUUGAUUGGCCACAGCGUGGGAGCACAUCUGGCUGGGGAAGCUGGGUCAAGGGUACCAGGCCUUGGAAGAAUAACUGGGUUGGACCCAGCUGGGCCAUAUUUCCACAACACUCCGAAUGAAGUUAGGCUGGACCCUUCAGAUGCCAACUUUGUUGAUGUUAUUCAUACAAAUGCAGUUCGCUUACUCUUUGAGUUUGGUGCUGGGACUAUUAAUGCUUGUGGUCACCUUGACUUUUACCCAAAUGGAGGGAAGCACAUGCCAGGAUGUGAAGACUUAAUUACACCUUUGUUUAGCUUUGAUUUCAAUGCUUAUAAGGAAGAAGUGGCUUCCUUCUUUGAUUGCAACCAUGCCCGAAGUCAUCGCUUUUAUAUUGAAAGCAUCCUCAAUCCUGAUGCAUUUAUUGCUUAUCCUUGUAGAUCCUACAGAUCUUUUAAAGCGGGAAAUUGCUUCCAUUGUCCCAAAGAAGGCUGCCCAACAAUGGGUCAUUUUGCUGAUAGAUUUCACCUCAAAAAUACGCAGCCUAAUAGAUCGUAUUAUUUUUUAAACACAGGCACUCUUUCCCCAUUUGCCCGUUGGAGUCACAAGUUAUCUGUCAGACUCGACGGAAACAAUGUCACCCAAGGGAGCAUGUUUCUCCGUGUGGGUGGAACCACUGGGAAAACAGGGGCAUUGGUGAUAGCCAGUGGAGCACUUAAGCCAGGCAUGACUUACACAAAAUUAAUUGACGCAGACGUUAAUGUUGGCAAUGUUACCAGUAUCGAGUUCUUUUGGAAGGAACUUUUGUUUGGACACUCUCAGAAUAAGUUGGGAGCAGAAAUGGUGAUAGAUAUAUCUGGAAAAUAUGGAUAUGAAUCUACCUUCUGUAGCCAGGACAUUAUGGGACCCAAUAUUGCUCAGAUCCUGAAGCCAUGCCAAUCUCAGAUACAGUCUUGAUGGAUUUACUUAAUGGGAGCAGUGAAAGAAAGACUCUCCUUCUAGCUGGCAUCCGAACCAAACUUGGCCUUUGUGAACGAGAUA